AUGGCUGAUACCACAUGGCAGGAGAGCUUCAGCGCACUUCAGGAGAAGACCCGCAGGCCUCCGUCAUUACCCCCUCCCCUUCCAACACCCGCUUUCACCACGCGCAACCAGACAGAGCUGACGGAUUAUGCUUUCUUAGCACAACGACACCCGAAUCUUAACCUCUCGCCGGAGGAAAAGCGCGUGUUCUACCAGCUCUUCCAGGCUGCUGACACUACCAACCUCGGCGUCAUCACUGGCGAAAUCGCCGUCCCAUUCUUCGAGAAGACUCACCUUUCUCCCGACACACUUGGCCUGAUAUGGCAAAUUGCGGAUAAAGAGAACAGGGGUCUCCUGACCCCGUCUGGCUUCGGUAUUGUCCUGCGCUUGAUUGGACAUGCUCAAGCUGGUCGCGCGCCUUCUGACGAAUUGGCUCUGCAGAGUGGUCCUAUUCCUCGUUUCGACGGUAUCGUGGUUGAUGCUUCCGCGGGCAUUCCAGAGUCAGGAACCGCAAGCCCUCCACCUGGAGCUGGAGGACCUAUCAGAGUUCCUCCACUUCAACCAGAUGACGCUAGUAAAUUUGUCCAGCUGUUUAUGAAGUCAGAUGUUCAUGAUGGACUUAUUAAGGGUGAAAGUGCGAAGCAGAUCUUUGAAGGCGCCGGACUUCCGAACGAGGUUUUGGGUCGCAUCUGGUCCUUAUCGGACACCAAGCAACGAGGCGCCUUGGAUGCCACGGAAUUCACAAUUGCUAUGCAUCUCUUGACGUCUUACAAGUAUGGCACAUUGCGCGGGAUCCCCGCGACACUUCCACCGGGUCUGUAUGAUGCCGCAGCUCGACGAGGAUCUGGAGCUGGAGCUGGAGCUGCGCGUGGAUCCUUUGGAGCACGACCCGAUGUCCCUCCUGUCCCUGCUAUUCCUAGGCAAUUCACUGGCCCGCAGCGAACGACGAGCCCGCUUAACCCAGCCAGCCGCCAGGCUUUCGGGGGUUCUCUUUCCGCCCAGGUCACUGGGGGUGAUUGGCUAGUCACUCCACCCGAGAAGGCCCAGUACGAUGCGAUUUUUGAGACUGUCGACACGGCCAAGUUGGGGUUAAUUACUGGAGAUCAAGCUGUUGCCUUUUUCAUGAAGGCCCAGCUUCCGGAAGAGACACUUGCUCAGAUUUGGGACCUUGCCGACAUAGAUGCGGACGGUCAGUUGAGCCGCGAUGAAUUUGCCGUGGCCAUGUACCUCGUCCGAAUGCAGCGUAGUGGAAAGGAUCAGCUCCCACAGGUGGUGCCACCUGCGCUUAUCCCGCCCAGCAUGCGCCGUCAGGCGCCUGCCCCAAUGGCUGCCCCAACUCCUCCCCCGGUGCCAGCUCCACCAGUCAGAACUGCUGCUGAUGAUCUGUUUGGCCUGGAUUCUCCUGUUCAGCCUCCCGUCCAGCCAUUUGCUCAACCACAGAUGCCUCAGUCCACAGGAGGCUCUAACAGUGCAUUCCAAACCCCGGCUUCACCGUCCAGAGCAUCCCCUCAGACUGCAUCCAACACUUUCAAGCCAUUUAUCCCCAGCUCUGCGUUUGGUCAGACCUUGCAGCCCCAGUCAACUGGUGCAUCUGCUGGAAACUCUUUCGGUGCACGCUCACCCCCGCCUCCUUCGGAUGAUCUUCUUGGUGACAAUGACCCUGAAGAGUCAAACAAAUUGACACAAGAGACCACCGAGCUAGCCAAUCUGUCAAACCAAGUUGGUUCUCUGGCAAAAGAAAUGCACAACGUGCAGGAAAAGCGAUCCUCUGCCGAACAAAACCUCACACAAAGCACGCAGCAAAAGCGUGACUUUGAAGCCCGUCUUGCGCAAGCGCGUUCCAUGUAUGAGCAGGAAGUCACUAACUUCAAGGCACUUGAGGAGCGCCUCAAAUCAUCCAGAGCGGAAACGACCAAGCUGUCGCAACAGUAUGCUUUACUCGAUGGUAGUCGCCAGGAUCUGCACAAUCAAUACACCCAGGUCUCAACCGCCUUGGCCGCCGAUGAGCAAGAAAACUUGAGCCUGAAGGAGAAGAUUCGACAGGCAAAUGCCGAGGUCGCCCAACUCAAGCCAGCCUUGGAGAAGGCUCGCUCUGGCGCGCGCCAGCAGAAGGGUCUGGUUGCCAUCAACAAGAAGCAGUUGGCUACUGUUGAAGGCGAGCGUGACAAGAUUCAAGGUGAAAUCGAUGGCUUUGCAGCCGAGACCCCACAAUACUCUCAGGAGUCCUCGACCCCUGCCAACGUGUCCGAAGUUGCCAGCCCUGCAGCUUCAUCUGCCAGCCAAAACACCAACCCAUUCUUCCGUCGGACUGGCAGUGCAAGUGAACAGGCGCGAUCACCAGAUGUCCAAAGUGACCAACAGAAGGCAUUUGACAGCCUUUUCGGUCAAUCUUUCGCGGGUUCUGCUGCGGGACCACCGCCCACCUCAUUCCGCCCCGAGUCGCCUCAGGUUGCAGUCAGCUCUCCUCCUACUUCUUCUGCACCGACCCCAUCCGUGUCCCCGCCACCUGGAUCUUUGCCCGGCGCGUUUCCUACGGGCCCGUUAGCCGAACCCCCCGCUCCUAGUGUGUCUCGUCAAUUAACCCCCAACUUCCUCCCAUUCAACGACAAUCAAUCGGUGACCUCGUCGACUAUGGUUUCACCUCCUGGUAGUCGCUUCGGCGGUACUGAAACUUCUGGAUUCGGUACCCCGUCUCAGGGUCCUUCCAGUGAUAACGGUGCGCCCUCUCUCGCAGAGUCCAGCGACUACAGCCGUGCGCCUACCUCGACCGUUGAAGGUACCCCCGCCCGGUCUCCCUUCGAGGAAGAGGGAUUAGACGAGUCGACAAAGUUCCCGGAUGUCCCUGCACCCGCCACCCAGCAGCCUGAAUCCACUACUUCUCCAGUUCAGGGCGGUAAUCAGGAUCUUAGCUUUGACGAGCUGUUUGGAAGCAAGGCGCACAAGCGCUCUGAAUCUCAGCAAGGCAACGACUUUGAGGAAGCAUUCGCCUCUAUGAAGCAACCCUCCGGUGGUGAAAAAUCAGCUGUUGCCGCUCCUGGUGGCUCUGAAUUCCCUCCCAUCCAGGAGCUCCACCACGACGAUGACGACGAUGACAGCUCGGAUGAUGAACGUGUUCUGGGCUUUGACGACAACUUCGCGCCCCCCACACCUGCUGCUACAAAGGGAGCCCAACCGGACUCCAUUGAUGCUGCUCAACUGGCCGCUUUCCCUGUGCCAGGAACCAACUCUAAGCCCCCAUCCCCGGAGGAGCAGCAAAGCCCUCCUGGUUAUGAAGCCCCCAAGGAAGAUAACACUCACCUCCCACCCCAAUUCAAUGGUCUCCUUCCCGAACGUACUGAUCCGACGGUCGCUCCCGAUGCGCCUCAUUCAGUAGAGCACACUACUGGGGCGCCAGUGGUCACCGGCGAGACCCAGCGGGACUCGAUCUCGGAAGCCACUCUUCCCGCUGGAGGAGCUAAGGUGGGAGGGCCCGAUUUCGAGGCAGCUUUCGCGGGAAUGAACCUUGCACCCGCUGCCGAAGCGGAUGAUGACGAUGACGAGCCUGAGAGCCAUGGUGUUAAAAACACCAAUGACUUUGACUUCUCUUUCGACGCCCCGUCCCAGAAGCAGCAGCCUCUCUCGGCCACGAACACCGGCCAAGGCAGCUCGUCUGAGUUCUUUUCCUUCGACAACAACGUCCACGCGGCUCCCGCUCAGCCGUUUGGUGCUCCCACCGAGGGAGGGGCAAAGCCAGCUGCCCACGAGUGGGAUGCCCUAUUCGCGCCCCUUGACAACGCCCAGCCCACCACCGGCGAGGACUCGCUCGAAGACAAGUCUAAGCAGCCUGGAUGGGCCCUGAACACCGAAAGUGGCGAGGACGACCAGAUCCUGCAACGGUUGACCGGCAUGGGUUUCAGCCGCAACGACUCCUUGGACGCUUUGGAGAAGUUUGACUACAACCUCGACAAGGCCGUGGACCACCUGACUUCCAAGUCUUGA